AUGCAAUCCACGUCGCAGUCCUCAAAUGCACUGCCGCUUUAUCUGCAGAUCAGUGAGCUUCUGAUCAGGGAUAUUGCGGCGGGACGCCUGAUUGACGGCGAGCGGCUUCCGCCUGAGCGCGACAUGGCUGACGAGUUGGGUAUCUCGAUCGGAACACUGCGCAAGGCGCUUGCCGAUCUUACGGAAAAGGGCUUACUCGAGCGCAUUCAGGGUUCGGGAAACUACAUACGGCAAGGCGGCACGCAGGAGAGCAUCUAUGCGAUGUUCCGGCUGGAAUUGCUUUCCGGUGGCGGGUUGCCCCGGGCUGACAUCCUGAACGCUGUGCGUACGCGCAAGCCGGAAGAUCUGCCGGCUUUCGGCACCAGCGGGGAAGGCACCCGGAUCCGCCGGCUCCGGUAUCUCAACGAGACCAUAAUCGCGGUCGAGGAAAUCUGGCUUGACGGAGAUGCCGGAUUUGUAAAACGGGACCUGCUUUCGGACUCGCUCUACAGGUUCUAUCAAAAGCAUCUCGGCUUUUGGAUCGUGCGUGCGGAAGACCGCGUUACGAUCGGCAAGGUGCCUGACUGGGCGCCGGAAGAAUUCACCCUGGAACCCGGCACGCUCACGGGUUUCAUCGAAAGGUUCAGUUGGGCGGACCGCCCCGAAUCCGUCGAAUAUUCACGCACCUGGUUCGACACGGGCAGGGCACAUUACGUACAGCGGUUGAAAUAG